AUGGGCAAAAAAAAGAAAAAGAGUGCUGGACAGGCACGCAAGUAUAUUCCUCCAACGUCUUCCUCGCUGGUCCCCUGCGAUGAAUGGUGGAAGAAUUACCCUGUCCCAAGCACCGACACCGGCGAUGAACCAGAGGCCGCAGUGCCUGGCAGUGAGGAAUCAUCCAGCGAGAUCAUCUUGACUCCCCUGGACGACAAGAUCACGACGACUGCCGCUUCCACUCCUACUCCUACCAACAUCCACGACGAAGACAUCUCUACUACGUUUGAGGAACUGCGAGAUACCCUGCGAGAACACUGCUUUUACUCCUAUUCCCCCCUUCUCAAACCCGAGGUUAGCCACCUGGUCAUAUACUGCGUGGGAUGCUCCCAUCUCCUGCUGAUCCAGUAUGCCGCGGAGGAACGGCUCGGUUUCUUCACGGCGGCAGAUAACGCGCCCUCCUGUGGGCCAUACUCGACGCUUUUGGCCACAAACUGUCGCUCGUGUCCCAGUCUGAGCAUGAUAACUUCCAAGGUCUGCGUGACGCAUAUGGCGCCGCGGAUCGUCCGGCAAUCCUUUCUCUUUGAAAACAUGGCUUCUCUGCUGGGAGUCUCCGACUUCUUUAUCCCCACCUGCUCUGGCAAACUGCUUGUCGUGCCGAUGGCAGACUUGCGGCGCUAUUUGCCUGGCGAUUGCGAGAUAUUUGGACUGGAUAUCAACGAGGCAUGGGCUAAAGACGCUGAUCGGGAUGCCAUCCUUUCUUUCUGCUCGCCUAGGUUCUUUUGA